GAGGGAGAGAGAGAGAGAGAGAACUAACGAUGAGAGGAAGGGGAGAAGAAGAAUCAGAGUCAAGGGUUCCACUGUUGGAAAGCCCUAACACGGCGAAAGAAGACGGUGGAGGAUUGAAGAAGAGAGUUUGGGUUGAGACAAAGAAGCUAUGGCAAAUCGUUGGCCCUGCGAUAUUUACUAGAUUAUCGGCAUACUCGAUGCUUGUAAUAACUCAAGCUUUCGCUGGUCAUCUCGGAGAACUCGAACUAGCUGCAAUAUCCAUCGUUAAUAACGUCAUCGUUGGCUUCAACUUCGGCCUCUUACUUGGGAUGGCGAGUGCGUUGGAAACGCUGUGUGGACAAGCCUUUGGAGCGAGGAAGUAUUACAUGUUAGGAGUUUAUAUGCAACGUUCUUGGAUUGUUCUAUUCUUUUGUUGUCUCUUGUUAUUACCUACUUAUCUUUUCUCAACUCCGGUUCUCAAAUUUAUCGGUCAACCAGACGAUAUCGCCGAGCUUUCUGGCGUCUUGUCUGUAUGGGCCAUCCCUCUUCAUUUCGCUUACCCUCUGUCCUUCCCGCUUCAACGUUUCCUCCAGUGCCAGCUCAAAAACCACGUGACUGCGUAUGCGGCUGCGGUUUCAUUGGUGGUUCACUUUUUAGUGAGUUGGUUGUUCGUGGAUGGGCUUAAACUCGGAGUUGUUGGAACUAUGGCUACUGUUAGCAUCUCUUGGUGGGUCAACGUUCUUAUUAUCUUAGCUUACACCGUUUGCGGCGGCUGUCCACUCACUUGGACCGGCUUCUCUUCCGAAGCCUUCACCGGGCUUUGGGAGUUUCUCAAACUCUCCGCUUCUUCCGGCGUCAUGCUUUGUUUGGAAAAUUGGUAUUACCGGAUUUUGAUUAUAAUGACUGGAAAUCUUCAUAAUGCUCGAAUAGCCGUUGACUCUUUGUCUAUAUGCAUGUCGAUAAAUGGAUGGGAGAUGAUGAUUCCCCUCGCUUUCUUCGCCGGAACCGGUGUACGAGUGGCGAACGAAUUAGGAGCAGGUAAUGGAAAAGGAGCGAGAUUUGCAACGAUUGUAUCAGUGACACAAUCGUUGAUAAUCGGAUUAUUCUUUUGGGUGAUAAUAAUGCUUUUCCAUAACCAAAUUGCUUGGAUCUUCUCAUCAAGCGAAGCCGUUUUAGCAGCCGUUAAUAAACUCACUGUUCUAUUAGCUCUCACCGUUUUUCUUAAUAGCGUUCAACCGGUACUAUCCGGUGUCGCGGUUGGAUCGGGUUGGCAAUCAUACGUUGCAUAUAUAAACUUAGGAUGUUACUAUUGCAUUGGAAUUCCACUUGGAAUUUUAAUGGGUUGGAUUUUUAAAUUCGGUGUCAUGGGUAUUUGGGCUGGUAUGAUAUUUGGAGGAACCGCAGUUCAGACAAUGAUUUUAAUUUUGAUCACAAUGAGAUGUGAAUGGGAAAAGGAGGCGCAGAUAGCACAAGCACGUGUUAACAAAUGGUCCAAAACAAUAGAAUGAAGAUUUCUUGAAACAUUUCAGGAUAAUUUUCUUAUAUUUGUAUUCUCUUUGUAAACAUUUUGUCAGUAAAACCCAAUAAGUCAAGUGUGUUAUACAA